UUCUUUGCUUUAGAUUUUACACCCAGAUUUGGAAGUAGCAGAUCAUGCUUUUCCUCCUCCUCGAACAGCUUUAUCCCACUCAAAAAUGCUGGAUAAAGAAGUACGAGCAGUUUUCCUUAGAUUAUUUGCACAACUUUUUCAAGGAUAUAGAUCAUGCCUACAACUUAUAAGAAUUCAUGCAGAACCAGUAAUACAUUUUCACAAAACAGCCUUCUUGGGGCAGCGUGGUUUGGUUGAGAAUGAUUUCCUCACUAAAGUACUCAAUGGAAUGGCAUUUGCAGGUUUUGUUUCAGAAAGAGGUCCUCCCUAUAGACCCUGUGAUCUGUUUGAUGAGUUGGUAGCCUUUGAAGUAGAGAGAAUUAAAAUUGAAGAAAAUAACCCAUUGAAGAUGAUAAAGCACAUCAGAGAACUUGCUGAGCAACUAUUCAAAAAUGAGAAUCCAAACCCCCAUAUGGCAUUUCAAAAAGUUCCACGUCCGACAGAAGGAUCCCACUUGCGAGUUCAUAUUCUUCCUUUCCCAAAGAUUAAUGAAGUCCGAGUUCAGGAAUUAAUACAGGAAAAUCUUACUAAGAACCAGAAUGCACCUCCUGCUACCCGAAUGGAAAAGAAGUGUGUUGUGCCAGCAGGUCCUCCUGUUGUUUCAAUAAUGGAUAAGGUGACAACAGUUUUCAACAGUGCACAGAGAUUGGAAGUUGUUAGAAACUGCAUUUCGUUCAUAUUUGAAAAUAAAACUUUGGAGACUGAAAAGACCCUUCCUGCUGCUUUGAGGGCCCUAAAAGGAAAGGCAGCAAGACAGUGUCUCACUGAUGAACUGGGUUUGCAUGUCCAGCAAAACCGGGCAAUAUUGGACCAUCAACAGUUUGACUACAUAAUAAGGAUGAUGAAUUGUACUCUACAGGACUGUUCAAGUUUAGAAGAAUAUAACAUUGCUGCAGCAUUACUCCCUCUCACCAGUGCUUUCUAUAGGAAACUUGCCCCUGGAGUCAGCCAGUUUGCUUACACCUGUGUACAGGACCACCCCAUUUGGACAAAUCAGCAGUUUUGGGAGACAACUUUUUACAAUGCAGUACAGGAACAGGUUCGCUCCCUGUAUCUCUCAGCAAAGGAAGACAAUCAUGCCCCACAUCUGAAGCAAAAGGACAAGCUUCAUGAUGUCCACUAUCAGGAAAAGACAGCAAUGGACCUAGCAGCUGAGCAGCUACGCCUUUGGCCUACUCUGAGCAAAUCAACUCAGCAGGAGCUGGUGCAGCAUGAGGAAAGCACUGUCUUCAGUCAGGCCAUCCAUUUUGCAAACCUGAUGGUCAACCUGCUAGUUCCACUAGACACAAGUAAAAACAAGCUCCUGAGAACAUCAGCACCAGGCGACUGGGAGAGUGGGAGCAACAGCAUUGUCACAAACAGCAUUGCAGGAAGUGUAGCUGAAAGCUAUGAUACAGAGAGUGGGUUUGAAGAUUCAGAGAGCAAUGACAUUGCCAACUCUGUUGUGCGGUUCAUUACCCGAUUUAUUGACAAGGUUUGUACAGAGAGUGGAGUUACUCAGGAUCACAUCAAGAGCCUUCAUUGCAUGAUACCAGGAAUUGUAGCUAUGCACAUUGAGACCCUAGAAGCAGUACAUCGAGAGAGUAGAAGACUUCCACCUAUACAGAAGCCAAAGAUUCUUAGACCUGCUCUCCUGCCAGGAGAAGAAAUUGUAUGUGAGGGUCUUCGAGUCCUGCUGGAUCCUGAUGGCAGAGAAGAAGCCACUGGAGGUCUUCUUGGAGGUCCUCAGCUCCUGCCAGCAGAAGGAGCCUUGUUCCUCACCACAUAUAGAAUUCUCUUCAAAGGAACACCCCAUGACCAGCUAGUUGGUGAGCAGACAGUUGUGCGGAGCUUUCCCAUUGCCUCCAUCACCAAGGAGAAGAAGAUCACAAUGCAGAACCAGCUGCAGCAGAACAUGCAAGAAGGACUGCAGAUUACAUCAGCAUCCUUCCAGUUGAUUAAAGUAGCAUUUGAUGAAGAAGUCAGUACAGAAGUAGUAGAGAUCUUUAAGAAACAGCUAAUGAAGUUCCGUUAUCCUCAGUCCAUUUUCAGCACUUUUGCAUUUGCUGCUGGACAAACUACUCCACAAAUAAUUUUACCCAAACAGAAGGAAAAGAACACUUCCUUUCGCACCUUCUCAAAAACAAUUGUCAAAGGUGCCAAAAGGGCAGGGAAAAUGACAAUUGGGCGGCAGUAUUUAUUGAAGAAGAGGACAGGAACAAUUGUGGAAGAGAGAGUAAAUCGUCCUGGGUGGAAUGAAGAAGAUGACAUGUCUGUUUCAGAUGAUAAUGAACUCCCCACAAGUACCACCCUGAAGGCCUCAGAGAAGUCUACAAUGGAACAGUUGGUGGAAAAAGCUUGUUUCAGAGACUAUCAGCGUUUAGGUUUGGGAACCAUAAGUGGCAGCUCCUCUCGUUCAAAACCAGAGUAUUUCCGAAUCACUGCUUCCAACAGGUUGUAUUCACUAUGCCGGAGCUAUCCUGGCCUUUUAGUUGUACCUCACACUGUACAGGACAGUAGUUUACCAAGAGUAGCUCGCUGCUAUCGACACAAUCGCCUACCCGUUGUAUGUUGGAAGAACUCAAGAAGUGGUACUUUACUCCUCCGAUCUGGAGGAUUCCAUGGGAAGGGAGUUGUUGGUCUUUUCAAAUCUCAGAACUCUCCUCAGGCUGCUCCUACCUCCUCUUUAGAAUCUUCCAGUAGCAUAGAGCAAGAAAAGUACUUGCAAGCCUUAUUGAAUGCAGUUUCUGUCCACCAGAAACUCAGAGGCAACAAUACACUUACUAUCAGGCCAGCACUUGCUCUGUCGCCAGGUGUAUGGGCAAGUCUUCGCUCCAGCACUCGCUUGAUAAGCUCUCCAACAUCCUUCAUUGAUGUUGGUGCCCGGCUGGCAGGCAAGGAUCACUCGACCUCCUUUAGUAACAGCACCUAUCUACAAAACCAGCUUUUGAAACGCCAAGCAGCCCUUUAUAUAUUUGGUGAAAAGUCACAACUAAGGAGCUUCAAGGUAGAAUUUGCUUUAAAUUGUGAAUUUGUUCCUGUUGAAUUUCAUGAAAUCCGACAAGUGAAAGCCAGUUUUAAAAAGCUGAUGAGGGCUUGUAUCCCAAGCGUCAUCCCUACAGAUUCAGAAGUGACCUUUCUGAAGGCCCUGGGAGACUCUGAGUGGUUCCCUCAGCUUCACAGGAUAAUGCAGCUGGCUGUGGUUGUAUCAGAAGUACUUGAAAAUGGUUCCUCAGUUUUGGUCUGUUUGGAAGAAGGCUGGGACAUCACUGCACAAGUGACAUCCUUGGUACAGUUACUCAGUGAUCCUUUUUAUAGGACACUUGAAGGCUUUCGGAUGUUGGUUGAAAAAGAGUGGCUGUCUUUUGGUCAUAAAUUCAGUCAGCGGAGCAGCUUGACCCUCAAUUGUCAGGGUAGUGGUUUUGCUCCAGUCUUCUUACAAUUCUUAGACUGUGUGCACCAGGUUCACAACCAGUAUCCAACUGAGUUUGAAUUCAAUCUCUAUUACCUGAAGUUUUUGGCCUUCCACUAUGUGUCUAAUCGCUUUAAAACAUUCCUCCUGGAUUCAGACUAUGAAAGAUUAGAGCAUGGAACUUUAUUUGAUGAUAAAGGGGAUAAGCACGCCAAGAAAGGAAUUUGUAUUUGGGAGUGUAUUGAUAGAAUGCACAAGCGGAGUCCCAUUUUCUUCAAUUAUUUAUAUUCACCAGUGGAAAUAGAGGCCCUGAAGCCUACUGUAAAUGUCUCCAGCCUCAAGAAGUGGGAUUACUACACAGAGGAGACCCUGUCUGCAGGCCCUUCAUAUGACUGGAUGAUGCUGACCCCCAAAAACCUCCCCUCAGAAGAAUCUGAUCUAGCUGGAGGAACUGGGCCACAGAGCCAGAGGAGAACAGUGUGGCCAUGCUAUGAUGAUGUCUUCUGUACUCAGCCUGAUGCUCUCACCAGCCUUUUCAAUGAAAUUGAAAAAUUAGAGCAUAAAUUGAACCAAACCCCUGAGAAGUGGCACCAACUGUGGGAAAAGGUAACCAUGGACCUUAAGGAAGAGCCAAGAACAGACCAUUCCCAAAGAUAUCCAUCAGGGUCCCCAGGAAUUGUGUCUCCCAACCUGCCUUCCUAUCAGAAGAGGCCUGUGCCACGCCUCCCAGACAGCAACAUGGGUGAGGAGCAGAACACCAGCAUCUCCCCAUCCAAUGGGGUGGAGCGCAGAGCAGCCACGCUGUACAGCCAGUAUACAUCCAAGAAUGAUGAAAACAGAUCCUUUGAGGGAACGCUGUACAAAAGAGGGGCUUUGCUGAAAGGUUGGAAACCCCGUUGGUUCGUUUUAGAUGUAACAAAACAUCAGCUGCGAUACUAUGACUCCAGUGAGGACACAAGCUGUAAAGGCCACAUUGAUCUGGCUGAAGUAGAAAUGGUCAUUCCUGCUGGCCCUAGCAUGGGAGCCCCAAAGCACACAAGUGACAAGGCUUUCUUUGAUCUCAAGACCAGCAAACGUGUGUAUAACUUCUGUGCACAGGAUGGACAAAGUGCCCAGCAAUGGAUGGACAGGAUCCAGAGUUGUAUCUCUGAUGCCUAAUGCCCAUGGUUAACCCAAGCAGAAGAAGUCGAAGAACUCAUGCCAGAUGGAAAAAGAGCACAAAUCAUUGAAUAGAUGGCAGGUCAUCCCAGGGCCUGAGGUUCUCCUGCCCAGUUUUACCCAGUCCCCUCUUGUAACAUCUUUAAAUGGAUGUGUUACACAGGUCUGGUCAAGAGCUUCACAUCCUCCCUGUGUCUUGCACUGAAUAGUUCUAACAGGGUCUUAGUGGUUAGGAAUCAGAACAAUGCUCCUGAACCCACUGUCAUCCAUCUCCUAGGCAAAAUGGCCACCAACUGCAUCCUUCUUCAUCAAGGUCCUUUUCAUUUUCUAAGGUCAUAAUUUCCUUGGAGAGCUUUUUAAUGAGCAAAAAUCAAAACCUUUCAACAAUCAUCUUACGUCCUACAUAGUAUAGGUUCCCCAUCAGAGGCACCUACUCUUAUGCCUGACCUUUAAGAUGCUCAGUUUUCUGGUGCUGACAAAAGGUGCUUCCAUGGUCCCUGUUCUGCCACUGAGGUUCACAACAAAAGACAUCACUACUUAGUGACAAAGAGGGAGCACACAGGAUUAUCCUUACGGAAAAAGCUUGGCCAAUGUAGGGAACCACUGCUUCCAAAACAGAGUCCUCCAGAGCACAGGCACUCCAAGGAUGCAGGGCCCAUGUUCCUAUAUGUUCUUCUGCUCCCUGACAGCUUCUUAUACAAAAUAACAUGCCAAAAGCCAGAUGCACUAACUCACAGAACACAUGCACUGAACUCCUAUCAAGUGAAGAAAUUGGAAAGACUGAGGCCAGCUACUUAUAACCACACACCUGUGACUUGUUGCACCGUGGCAUAGUGGAUACCCAAACAGCACUUCUGCACAUGAAAAGUAAGAACUGUUCUUCGAUUCUCCUUACUUUUGAUAACCUGGUGUUUGUUCAGCCUAAGCCUCAAGGAUACGUUCACUCCCAGUGAAUAAUAACAGCCUCUGCCACAGCCACUGACACCAACCUGGGCCCAGGGGGUUUGAUCAGUAUUUGUUUUGAAAUGUUAAUAUGUUAAAUACCAAACUAAUAUUUCAAUAUUGUGUAUAUGUGAUUUCUAUAUCCUUGUUUUUUCAG